AUGAAGUGGAUCUCUCCCUUCUCCGUGGUUGCCGCCAUCCAGCUCGUUUCUGUCCUGGCCUCCCCAGCCAAUCAGAUCGUCAAGCGGACUAGCACCAGCGAGGGCGUUACUACCGGGGGAACUGGCGGCACUACCACCACGGUCACCACUCUCUCCGCCUCACCUCUGUGGUUUCCGACGACUCAGCCAAGAUCGUCGUCAUCAGCGGUACAUAACACCGUUGUAAAGAUUGGCUCCAACACUUCCAUGCUCGGUGCUUCUGGUUCUCUCCCCCAGCGGCGUCGGUCGUCGCGUCCUCGAAGAAUCAAGCGAACCUCCCCGCCUCUGGUGACGCUAAGGUGCAGACCAGAGCCCUAG